AUGGCUCAUUCGUUGAUGUCAGCAGAGGUGCCCAAGCGUUCCAUUGAGGAAUACUUGAUGUUCUUUAGGCAAUGUACCAAGAAAUCUGCUGUACAGUGGCAGGCAGUGCUAAGAAGGACCUACCCCUGGUUUCAGCAUGGAUACAGACUCUUUGAGAAAGAGCCAGAAGAAGAAGAGGAAAGAAUUGAAUUUAUGAGGAAAUUUCUGAGUGUGAUGCUGCCUCAGAACAUGCCAUUUGGUGGAGGCAAACCUCCCAACUAUUAUCUGGGGGCAGAAGAGUUGCAACGUGCUACCUCUUGGAGGGAUUCAGACGAUUUGGAUGUACAUAAAGACUGCAGAUGUUCGGCUAGGUUCCAAGGUUUUUCUGCCUUAAGCACUGCCCUCAAGGUGCUUUUUGAUGGCUGGGACUCCUGGGCCGUCUAUGCAGGGGCAGAGGCCAAGAGCUUUAUGGUGCAGAUGAUGAAAGAUAUUAAUGCACAAGUUAUUGAAGAUCCUUCUAUGACUCGGGACAUUGGAAGCCAGACUGUGCAUUCUGGAGAAGUGAUUGAUGAGGAAGAUCAUCACGAGUCCUUGGUAGAGCAACCAGCUGUUGAGGCCACUCCUUCUAUUAGAAGAAAAAGAAAAGAGGUUGCUCAUGUUCAAGGCAGUACUAUCCAGCCUAAACCUUUUGCUGAAAGCCCUCCUCCACCUGCUACUAGGUCAAAAAGGCCUAGAAAGAGGACUGGAGUUGAGUUUGACGAGAUUGAAGAGCCUGCAGCUGCUUUUGAAGCUGUUGAGCAAGAGAAAGGACAAGAAAAAGAAGAAGAUGUGCCUCUAAAAGAGAAGGACAAAGAGCCUGAAGAAGAGGAGGAGAUCCCUGCUGAGGCAUUAGCAGAAACCAUUGCCUUGGCCAAACAACAAGAAGAAGCUCAGAGGGCAGAACCCACAAGUUUAGAAUUUGCUUUAUUUGAUGACGUGGAGGCAGAACAUUCUGCUGCUGUCCCAGAGCUUGAGAUAGAGGCAGAACACUUUGUUGUAGUUCCUAUUCCUGAGAUGCCCGUCCAUUCUUUCCCAGGUUCAUCUACCAUGGCUUCCUUUGCUGAUUCAGAAUUGGCAGAGUUUGAAGCUAUGGACUUGGAUGCCCAGUUGGACAAACUGGAGAAGCUUAGCUCCACUCAUGGCAAGGCAAAAUCCAAGGUAGUGGAUAGGGUAAAGAUUUGGCAAUCCACUGAAUUAGAUUUGGAUGAAAACCAAGAAGCUGUUGACCAACUGAUGAAAGACCUGGACCUGCUGCAUAGAGAGAACAUAACUCCUGGGCCCAUUCUUAAAAUCAACUUGGGCUUGGCAAUAGACGUGCUCAAUCUCCACAACCGCUAUGAAGAUCUUAAGCCCUCCUUUAAAGCCUCCGAGUUCUGCAAGGCCACUCAUGAAGUUACAAGGAAGUCAAGACUGCUGCUGACAAGCUGGAGAAGCAGAUUGAAGAACUCCAAAAAACAAUUGGCUGGGCUGAGGGAAAGGCAGAACAAACUUGGGGCUGGACUAGGCACCAAGACCAAGAACAUUUUCCUUGUGCAGCACAUGCUAGCUGCCUCUAGGCCAACAUUGGAGAUUGCAGAGGCCUCUCUCCAUCAAGGGAUGCUUCUCCAGCAAGAAAUCUUUACCAAGAAGACCGGAUUCAAGAAACUUUAA